AUGGCUGUCCCAGCAGAGAAGACUACGCGUGACAUGAACGGCACCUACGUGCUCAAUAAGACUCUCAGUGACUCCGUGGACGAGCUUCUGCAGCUGCAGAACAUCGGCUGGAUCAUCCGCAAAGCAGUUGCCUAUAGCACAGUCACUGUCGUCUUGAAACAGUACGCCGAUGACGGUGGCAAAGCCCACCUUGAUCAGGUGCAACGUUCAACGGGAGGCAUCACGAACCAAGAAGCUCGCGUCCUAGACUGGGAACCGAUGGAGACGAAGAAUGCCAUCUGGGGUCAGGUGAAAGGACAAAAUCGCUUCAUAAAGGUCGCUGACCUCACAGAUGACUUCCUUAAGCAGGACUGGGACGGCGACGAAGUUGUCGAGGCCACUAAUGAGAGUAUGACAGAUACGUGGAAAGCGGUGCAAGUCAUGGGCUUCGCCAUUGUCGACGGGAAGCGGAGACAGGUGCGCAGGAUUGUGGGGAGUAAAGGGCAGAAGGUCAUCAAGGUCCGGCAGGUGUACGAUUGGCAGGAGUGA